GAAACAAUGGCGGCGCCCGCAGAAAGCGUGAGUAAAACGCCAGCAAAUAAAAAAGAGAAAAAGAAGAGCAAUCAAGAAGAAGAGACUGAACUGCUGACUGUGCCAGACGACUGGAAAGAGCCUGCGUUUACCCGAGCGGACAAUCCAAAAGGUUUGCUGGAGGAGAGCAGCUUCGCCACACUUUUCCCCAAGUACAGAGAAGCGUAUCUGAAAGAAUGCUGGCCACUGGUGCAAAAGGCGCUUGGAGAUAUUUUCGUCAAUGCCACACUGGACCUGAUUGAAGGCAGUAUGACUGUGAACACCACCAAGAAAACGUUUGACCCCUAUGCCAUCCUCAGAGCGAGAGAUCUCAUCAAGUUGCUGGCUAGAAGUGUGCCGUUUGAACAGGCUGUAAGGAUACUUGAAGAUGACGUGGCAUGUGACAUCAUCAAAAUCGGGACGCUUGUGCGAAACAGAGAGCGUUUUGUGAAGAGAAGACAGAGACUGAUCGGCCCCAAGGGCUCCACCCUGAAAGCACUUGAGCUUCUCACCAACUGUUACGUGAUGGUUCAGGGUAACACCGUUUCUGCUGUGGGGCCGUUCGGCGGUUUAAAAGAGGUACGGAAAGUCGUACUGGAAACGAUGAAGAACAUUCACCCCAUUUACAACAUAAAGACGCUAAUGAUCAAACGAGAGCUCGCGAACGACCCAGAGCUGCGCACUCAGAACUGGGAGAGAUUCCUGCCCAACUUCCGUCACAAGAGUCUCUCCAAACGCAAACAGCCCAAGAAGAAGAAGGUCAAGAAGGAGUACACGCCAUUCCCCCCACCUCAGCCCGAGAGCAAGAUUGACAAGGAGUUGGCGACCGGAGAGUUUUUCCUGCGAGAGAGCGAGAAGAGACGCAAGAAGAUGACUGAAAUUAAGGUGAAACAGGCGGAAGUUUUAUCCAAGAGACAAGAGGAGCGCAAGAAAGCUUUUAUUCCUCCUAAAGAGAAACCAGCGAUGAAGAAAACCAAACCAGCGACAACAGAGAACAAAAUUGACGUUGAAGCCAUCAAAGAAAAAGUCAAGAAGGCAAAAUCUAAAAAGCUUGGAGCUCCUCCGGUAAACCCCCAAACGUCCUCCGUUAAAGACAAGAAACAGAAGAAGGUCAAGACCUAAUAUGAUUCACUUUUCUAUAUUUUUAACUCUAUUGGACUUUUGUGAACCCUGCAGAAACAUUCACACCACCAAGUUUUUCAUGCUUGUCAAUGUUAUUUUAAAACUUCACUUAUUGGAUGUGAAGAUGAGACGCUCGAGCACUGAGUGCAUGUCAAUACAGACAUUAUUGUGAAUUAACUGUAUGAAAACACAAAACAGAAAUGUGACAUUUGUACUGCAGAACAAUUAAAAACAAUGAGUGUGUUGAGGCUGAUAACAUCAGGACAUUGUCAUGUGACUGUAUGCACAUUUACAUAUUUACAUAUCCAUGUCUGCAAGCCCAUGCAAGCAAGGCAUAACCUUAUUCUCUUUUCCCAUGCAAGCCCGUUUCUGCCAAGGAGGUAAUAGCUAUGUUCAAAUACUUUUUAUGCAACCGUAUGUACACUGCACAGUAUGCAUAUGUUCUGUAUGCAUAGAACAACAUGUGGCAUUUGUGUGCAAUACUGUAUCCAAUGCACUCGAUUUGACCUUCCGUUUCCAAUGUGAUGCAUGAACCAGCGAGAUCAACCAUGAUGCAGAUCUCAUUUUUGAAUGUCUGCUUAGGGUUGAUCCAUUUUUUGUGUUAUGCAAAAUUGAAUAAAAUGCAAAAUGACCAUG